AGAAGAGGCAUUGAACAAGAAAUAAUCGCUUUAGUUUUAAAAUGCAAGGUGGAGGACAUGAGCAGGGCAACAUUCAAAACAGUUCGCCUGGAUACAAUAUCAACGAACAUAGAAGGAAUAAUUGGAAACCCUCUCGGGAGCUGGCUCAUCCCACUCCCACGGCGCGAGAGGAUAAUGCGUUGGCAGCAUUAAGGAUGAUGUUUAGACAGCAUCGGAAUUGGGAGGCGUGAGACCGGAGACUCAAUCUAUAGUAGAUUGCGAGGCCCGUCAUAGCUAUGAAUGAAUCUGACGGAAUGCCCUUGGAG